AUUAGCAUCUACACCAAUUCCAAGAGGUCUGCCCAGCUCGUUCGCGCUCCGAGUGGCGCGUUCCCCUAGGAGCUGUCCCCGUUUCUCAGAUGAGGCCCCUGGGGCUCGGCUCAGUGGCUCAGUGAGGCUUGGAGUUAGGUGCCGCCCUUCCCAGACCGGGUCGGGCGGGGGACACUUCCUGCGGGCGACACGCCCGCGGCUUGUAAACGCGGGGUGGACGCGGCGCGGGCACAGCACAAGCCUGGCCGCCGGUGUCCCCACUUGGCGAGGACUGUGGCAGGCGGCGCGAUGGACUUGGCCGGGCUUCUGGACGAAGAAGGCACCUUCUCCCUCACUGGCUUUCAAGACUUCACGUUCCUCCCAGGACACCAGAAACUGAGUGCCCGGAUCAGAAAGCGACUGUACUAUGGCUGGGACUGGGAGGCCGACUGCAGCCUGGAGGAACUCUCCAGCCCCGUGGCAGACAUUGCUGUGGAACUGCUCCAGAAGGCAGCCCCCAGCCCUAUUCGCCGGCUCCAAAAGAAAUACGUGGCUCAUGUGUCCAGAGAAGCAUGCAUUUCCCCCUGUGCUAUGAUGCUAGCUCUGGUGUACAUUGAACGGCUCCGGCACCGAAACCCAGAUUACCUGCAGCACGUGUCCUCUUCCGACUUGUUCCUGAUCUCCAUGAUGGUGGCCAGCAAGUACCUCUAUGAUGAAGGGGAGGAAGAGGAAGUCUUCAAUGAUGAAUGGGGAGCUGCUGGGGGUGUGGCUGUGCCUACUCUCAAUGCCUUGGAGAGGGGCUUCCUGAGUGCCAUGGACUGGCGUCUCUACACUGAGCCUCGUGAGAUCUUUGAGGUACUGAGCUGGCUGGAGAGCUGUGUGGCUGAGCAGCAGGGACGACGGCGGGGCUGGUACACCUACACAGAUCUGUGUGUGCUGCUGGAGCAGCCGGCCUGGCAGCUGGCCUUGGGCUCCCUCUGCCAGAGACUGGUAAAGCUGUCCUGCCUGUUAGCCAUGGCAUACAUGAGCAGUGUGGCCCUGGCUGUGGCAUCGGUGGCUGUAAUACACCAGUCCUUAGGGCUGUCCUGCAGCCCCUCACCUGGUCCUCCCGACCUUGGCCUGGCCUCUAAGGGUCUUUUGGAGCCCUGUAUUCCUUCUUCAGUACCACAGUGCCUGAUGUCUUCUAACAUCUCCAGCUGCGUGGAAGGUGACGCAGGGCUGCGUUCACUCUGGGACAGUCUUCUGGCCUCGCUGACUCCCCCACCAUUGCCUCCUCCAGAGCCCCCUUCCCUGCCCUCUCUUUUACAUAAGUGCCCCCUUUGUCAGAAGCUCCAGAGAGACCCCCCAACCUGCCGAGCCUGUCACCACCUCAACUAUACGGUACCCCCUGGGCCUCCCAGCCCCUGGUACCACACCCAUGGCCUGGCUCCAACUUGGCCCUUGGGCCUGGUGGCCCCUCCGCUUCCCCAGCCCCAGCAGUGUUCCCUUUUCAGCGUGAUGGAGCUGGCUCGCCUCAAGUCAUUCAUUUUCCCAGGCUAGGGAGGACCCCAAGGUAUGCAGUGAGAGAGGAUUUGGGAGUCUCUGAGAACCUGAAAGAGGGAAGCUUGAUUUAGAUCCUUGCUGUCUCUCUGGGUCCUUGGCUGGUCCCUGUCCUCCUGGGUAAGCGCUUAAGGGGUUGUGGGGCAGAAAGGCUGAAGGUCAUUUGCUCUCCUAGAUCUCAGUGGCCAGCUGCUUGGCCAGGGGAGUGAUGGUGCCAGGAAAAGCUUCACUGGGUGAAAGGGGUCACAGAUGACAGGAAACGCCCCAUCCCUCUUUGCGCAGGGCUCUUCUAGACUUUUGCUUUUGACUUUCCUAGGAUGGAAGGGUAAAAAUGGAAGGUGGGGAGUGGUAAGGUAAAGGGAGGAAGUAAACAAUAGUGAUACAGUCCUGUGUGAUGUCUGAGGCAAGAGGACCAGGGAGUGACAGGGCUCGGUGGGAGCUGCUGAGGGAAAGCAGGGUGAAGCAGGAAAGCUUUUCUAUACCUAUCCCAUGGCUGCAGUCUUAGUGGAGCCAAGGGCUGACUUCUGGGACCUUCGACCUCGGCCUUUUGUCUUCCAGCCUUCUUAAUAUCCUGCUCCAAGGCUUCCCUGUCUUCUGGUUCCUCUUUGGGUAUUCUCUUCCCAGGCCUUUCUGGCCACCGCUUUGUAUCUGAGUUUUUCAUGCUUUUGUAGAACUAAGAUUUCAAUAAACAGUUUCAGUUGCA